UAUGAAAGCCCGUAUACAAAAACCCUAGAAUCUGAAAGCCGUCUAUAUAAAGUCCCCAAACCCUAACCUCCCUCCCCGAUUUCCCUUCAGCAGUCGAAGAUGUCGAAGCGAGGACGUGGAGGAUCAGCUGGUAACAAGUUCAGGAUGUCACUGGGUCUGCCAGUGGCAGCAACGGUGAACUGUGCUGAUAACACUGGUGCUAAGAACCUUUACAUCAUAUCCGUGAAGGGAAUUAAGGGUCGCUUGAACCGCUUGCCUUCUGCUUGCUUUGGUGAUAUGGUAUUGGCCACUGUCAAGAAGGGGAAGCCUGAUCGCAGGAAGAGGGUUCUGCCUGCUGUCAUUGUUAGGCAGCGUAAGCCUUGGCGCCGAAAGGAUGGUGUUUUCAUGUAUUUUGAAGAUAAUGCUGGUGUCAUUGUGAACCCCAAAGGAGAAAUGAAAGGUUCAGCAAUUACCGGUCCAAUUGGAAAGGAGUGUGCUGAUCUUUGGCCUAGGAUUGCAAGUGCAGCUAAUGCUAUCGUUUAAGAGCUUUAAUUUAUCUGUUCCUUUUCUUUGGGAAGCAUACUGUCGUCAAGUCCUAUAUGUUUUUGUAGGGUUAAUUUUAGUUGUGUUUUUGAUAUUUCGUCGAAAUUUUUGUUUGGAGCUUUAUAUGCAGUAAUGAACUUCAUGGAUUUUGUGCAAGAAAGUUAUUAUUUUGGAGUUGAUUUCAA